AGGGUCAUGGCAGCUGCGUAGAUAAAAGAAAAGUUGAUGCAAGAACACUCCUUCAUUUGGCGUGUUAUUGGUUAGUUAUGUCCUGAUGUUAAAGAUGGCGCGAACCAUGUAGUGGACUUUAAGGUAGGAAACGAAUACCCUGACAGUGGUUGUGUGGUGACUGUCAGAGUAUUGUGAAAACUGUUGACAUGCCUUUAACAUCAUGGAAAGUGACGUGAGAGUUCAUAAGAGAAAACAUAGUUCCAGUUGUCCAAAACUUCCUAUCCACAAGUGUAAAGAGAAGCUUGUACAGGCUGCCAGAGGACAUACGUUUCUGAUUGUGACGGGGGACACUGGCAGUGGGAAAACCACACAGCUGCCACAAUAUCUGUACAAUGCAGGGUUUGGAAAGCAUGGACUUAUUGGUGUUACGCAGCCACGGAGAGUAGCUACGCUAUCUGUGGCACAAAGAGUGGCAGAAGAGAUGCAUUGUGAUGUGGGAAGCACAGUUGGGUAUCAAGUACGAUUUGAUGACUGUUCCUCACAGGACACUGUGAUUAAGUACAUGACUGAUGGCUGCUUGUUGAGACACACCUUGACUGACCCUGACCUUCUUCAAUACAGUACGAUUAUUUUAGAUGAAGCUCACGAGCGAAGUUUAAGUACAGAUAUCUUGUUUGGCUUGCUGAGAAAACAGUUUCAGCUGAAACGUUCUCCAAAGAGGAAGUACCCACUGAAAGUUAUAGUUAUGUCUGCUACACUGGAUGUUGAAAAACUGACAGAGUUCUUUGGCAAUUGCCCAGUGGUCACAAUCCCUGGAAAAGUAUAUCCAAUUAAAGAGAAAUUCCACAAUCUUGUUGGCCCCAGAGACAAAGAAAGCACUGCUUAUGUCACAGAGACAGUGAAACUUGCACUGCAGACACAUUUAAAUGAGCCUUCUGGGGACAUUCUUGUUUUCCUUACAGGUCAGUCAGAGAUAGAGAGAGCCUGUGAUUUGCUCUUUCAAAAAGCUGAAUCCAUAGACUAUCGCUAUGACUUGUUUGACAGUUCCGUGGAGGGUCUGCUUAUUUUGCCUUUGUACGGGUCCAUGCCAACAGAUGAACAAAAGAGGAUAUUUUUUCCUCCUCCAGAUGGCAUCAGAAAGUGUGUUGUAUCCACAAAUAUUGCUGCAACAUCUUUGACGAUUGAAGGAAUAAGAUAUGUGGUAGACAGUGGAUUUGUAAAACAAUUUAAUCACAACCCGAGGGCUGGACUAGAUGUUUUAGAAGUUGUCCCCAUAUCAAAGAGUGAAGCUGUGCAAAGGGCUGGGAGGGCUGGUAGAACCGCUCCAGGCAAGUGUCACCGGAUUUAUAGCCAGGAGUUCUGGGACAAAUGUAUGCCUGAUCAUAUGAUCCCUGAGAUUAGGAGAACCAGUCUGACAUCUGUGAUUCUGACCCUGAAGUGCCUCGGGAUACAUGAUGUUAUCCGGUUCCCAUAUCUGGACCAGCCUGAAGAGAGAUUCAUAUUAGAAGCACUCAAGAAGCUCUAUCAGUGUAGUGCAAUUGACAGAAGUGGCAGUGUGACACAGUUGGGUCGUUUUAUGAUUGAAUUCCCACUGGCGCCAAAUCUAGCCUGUGCAGUGAUAAAAGCAGCAUCUCUGGGAUGUGAGGAUCUUCUGCUUCCAUUGGCAGCCAUGUUAUCUGUGGAGCAUGUAUUCAUACAAUCAGGAGCUCCGCAAAAACAAAAGGAAGUUGAGGAGAGACAUGAAGAACUGUCCGAAAUAUCUGGUGGUGGCAAUGAUUUUGCUACCCUGCUCUACAUUUUUGAACAGUGCAAAUCCAGCCCAAAUCCUGCUUCAUGGUGUCACAAAAAUGCAGUGCAUUGGAGAGCUUUAAAAUCCGCAUUUAGUGUGGAAAAGCAGCUUAGAGAGAUAACAUGCAAGCUGAAAGAGAUAAAAGACUUUCCAAUAGAAAGGUUUGAUGGUCCCAGAAAUGAAUUGCUCACUAGGUGCCUUUGUGCUGGUUAUUUCUCCAAUGUAGCUAGAAGGUCUAUUGGAAGAACAUUCUGCACAAUGGAUGGCCACGGCAGUAUGGUGCACAUCCAUCCAUCAUCUUCUCUCUUUGGGAAGGAGGCUCAACUGGAAUGGAUUCUCUUUCACAAUGUUCUCGUCACAUCUAAAGUAUUUGUCAGGACUGUAUGCCCUAUCCGCUAUGAAUGGGUUAAGGAUUUGCUUCCAAAAUUACAUGAUAUCAAUGCGUAUGAAUUAAGCAGCGUGGCCAGGGAGGAGGUGACUGCUGAGGAAGUAAGCAAAUGGGAAUCCAAGAGAGAUGUAAAACCGCAAAAUGGUGGAUUACAAGCUCCUACGAAUAAGAUGCAGAAGAGAAAUGAUGAUAAUUCUAUAAUGGAAGCCAGAGCCCGUUACCUACAGAGAAAGCAACAGCAAAAAUCUGAAAAUGUAGAUAACCAGGAAAUGGAGCAAAGUUAGCAUCUAUUUAAGAAAGUAAAAUCACCCGAUAUUAACUUGCCUGCCAUAUAAAAGAAAUAAUAAUAGAAGAAGUAAUAUUUUUAUCUCUGUAAAAGAAUAAGAGAUUUUAAUGACAAGACCAGAUAGUAUGUAGAUACAUAAAAUGAUAAAGUUUUGUUAAAAGCAAUAUAUGAACCUUGUAUAUGGUAACUUUCUGUAGAGCUGUUAUAUGUUGGAGGGGCCAUAUAAAUGUCAGAAACUAUCAUUUUGCUUUAUUUUUGGACUGUAAUAGCUAGAUUUGACCAUUCUCACACCACAUUUUUAUUAUUAGUAUAAGAUUAAAACUAUGUUUUUAAAAA